AUGUUCAAAACUUUAAUAUUCUUUCUUCUAUUGAGUUCCACAAUUGCGGACAGAAUUCUUUUGCUGGUAGACAAUUCGGAAAUUGUUAAAACUCAUUCUGAGUUCAUCAAAUCAAUCGAAGGAAGAGGACAUACAAUUAAAACAAGUCAGGCAGAUAGCUCCGAUUUGGCUUUGAUUAAAUUUGGAGAAUUGUUGUUUGAACAUUUGAUUAUACUUGCUCCUUCUGUUGAUGAAUUUGGAGGGGCCAUAAGCGUUUCUGAAAUUUCAAACUUUAUCGACAAAGGCGGAAAUGUUUUCUUCACUGGAGGUUACAACAUGGGCGAUGCUAUUAAAGAUCUUGCAGCAGAAGUUGGCUUUGAAUUUGAUGACGACAAAACUUCUGUUAUUGACCAUUUUAGUUAUGAUGCAAAUUUGGAUAAUGGCAACCACACUACAAUAAUCGUCCCAAACACUCAAUUGGUCAACGCUCCUUUAAUUACUGGCGUUGGUAAUUCAAAAUUGGGACCUCUUCUUUACAGAGGCGUUUCUCUAAUUGCUGAAGGUUCAAAUCCUUUGCGUUUUGUGAUUAUGACUGCGUCAUCUACUGCAUUUUCUUUCAACCCUAAAAAUCCUGUUGAAGAGGUAAUUUUUGAUAUUUUGAAAGAUUUAGGGCUUUAG